AGCCGGCGCCGGGGCGGGUCGGUGUUGCCGGAGCUCCAGCCCCUUCCUUCUUUCUCGGCCUCGCUUCGUUUCGCUCCGCCGCAGCAGCCGCACCGAUGAGCGGGAUCCGAGCGUCUAGCGGGCGGCCCGGGGCAGCCCCGGUGCUCACCUGCCUGCUGCUGCUGGGGCUGCUGCUGCCCGCCGCCGCCGGCGGGGGAUGCGAGUUGGAGCCUGCGGACGGCGGCGGAGCCCGACGGGGAACACGGGGAGGCGUCGCCCCCUCUGCCUCUGCGGGGGACCCGGCGGCCGUGGCAGAUCCCUGCAGCUCCCUCAGCCCACCGUGCUUCACUGAGGAGGAUCGGUUCAGCCUGGAAGCUCUCCGCAUGAUCCACAAGCAAAUGGAUGAUGACAAAGAUGGUGGCAUUGAAGUAGAUGAAAGUGAUGAGUUUCUGAGGGAAGAUAUGCAGUACAAGGAUGCCUCUAACAAGCACAGUCACCUGCACAGAGAAGACAAACACAUCACCAUUGAGGAUCUGUGGAGACGCUGGAAAACGUCUGAAGUUCAUAACUGGACUCAAGAGGACACUCUUCAGUGGCUGUCAGAGUUUGUUGAACUGCCCCAAUAUGAGAAGAACUUUAGAGACAGCAAUGUCAAUGGAACAACACUUCCCAGGAUAGCAGUCAAUGAACAUGCUUUCAUGAUCUCUCACCUGAAAAUAAUCGACCGGAGCCACAGGCAGAAGCUUCAGCUGAAGGCCUUGGAUGUUGUGCUGUUUGGACCCCUCACACGUCCCCCUCACAACUGGAUGAAAGAUUUUAUAUUGACUGUGUCUAUAGUGAUUGGCUUUGGAGGCUGCUGGUUUGCAUACACACAGAACAGAACCUCCAAAGAACACAUCACCAAAAUGAUGAAGGACUUGGAAAGUCUCCAAACAGCAGAGCAAAGUCUCCUGGACUUGCAGGAAAGGCUUGAGAAGGCACAAGAGGAGAAUAGAAACGUUGCUGUGGAGAAGCAAAAUCUGGAGCGCAAAAUGAUGGAUGAGAUCAACGAUGCCAAACGGGAAGCUCAUCGCCUGAGGGAGCUGAGGGAGGGAGCUGAGUGUGAGCUCAGCAGGCUCAAGUAUGCAGAGGAAGAGCUGGUGCAGGUCCGCAUGGCUCUAAAGAAGGCUGAGAAGGAGUUUGAGCUAAGAAGCAAUUGGUCUGUUCCUGAAGCUCUACAGAAGUGGCUUCAGCUGACACAUGAAGUUGAAGUCCAAUAUUACAACAUCAAGAGGCAGCACGCAGAAAUGCAGUUAGCCAUUGCCAAAGAUGAGGCAGAAAAGAUCAAAAAGAAGAGGAGCACUGUGUUUGGAACGUUACAUGUUGCACACAGCUCAUCCCUGGAUGAAGUGGACCAUAAAAUCCUUGAAGCAAAGAAAGCCCUCUCUGAGCUGACGACAUGUUUGCGAGAGCGCCUGUAUCGCUGGCAGCAGAUUGAGAAGAUCUGUGGCUUUCAGAUAGCUCACAAUUCUGGGCUGCCAAGCUUGACCUCCUCACUCUACUCAGACCACAGCUGGGUAGUUAUGCCUCGAGUCUCCAUUCCUCCUUACCCCAUUGCAGGGGGAGUUGAUGACCUAGAUGAAGAUACUCCUCCAAUAGUUUCACAGUUUCAUGGGUCCAUUGUCAAAGCUCCCAGCACUCUGGCCAGAAGCAGUAGCUUGUGCCGCUCCAGACGCAAUGUGGUGCCAUCAUCUCCUCAGUCUCAGCAUGCUUUGCACUCCCCUGACCCUGACAUCCUCUCGGUGUCGAGCUGCCCAGCUCUGUAUCGAACUGAAGAGGAGGAGGAAGCCAUUUACUUCUCUGCUGACAAACAAUGGGAAGUACAGGAAACAGGUUCAGAAUGUGACUCCUUAAACUCCUCCAUUGGAAGGAAGCAGUCUCCUCCAGCAAGCCUCGAGAUGUACCAGACACUUCCUCCUCAAAAAGUGUCCCCAGAAGACUUCUCCCUGGAGGAAUCAUCCACAGGAGACUCCUCUUCUCUAACUGCAGAUAUUUCCAGGGGUUCUCCUGACUGUGUUGGCAUGGCAGAAACUAAGAGCAUGAUCUUUAGUCCAGCAAGUAAAGUCUAUAAUGGAAUUCUGGAGAAGUCCUGCAGCAUGAACCAGCUUUCCUCUGGGCUGCCAGUCCCAAAGCCUCGGCACACCUCGUGCUCCUCAGGCAGCAGCGACAGCAAACCCAGCCAGGAGGCUGCCUCUGUGCCCCGGAUCAGCAGCAUCCCACAGGACCUCUACCAGAACGGGGAGAAAAGCAAAAAGCCAUCCAAAAUCAAAAGUUUCUUUAAGAAGAAGUGUAAGUGAGGUGGGCAGAGGAGACCCAUAGCAAUGUCCUAAGAACUCUCUUUUUUAACUCUUGAGGAAUGUAAUUCCAUUGGAGCACUCCAGCCUGGAUGCCCUGCUGGAAUGCUCUGGAGGUCACCUAUAUUUAACUGACUGUACUGUCACAGGCCAUGCCAGCUGUCAAUGAGAAAUCAUUAAAAGUUCAGACAGUUUACAUUCACUUCUGCCUAUUUAUUUCUUCCUU